CCGCCGGCGGGGAGGGGCGGGGCGGACCGGACCCUGGUAUCCCGUCCAGCCCGCAGCAGCGUAGCGGAUAUGGCUGGCUCCCGGCUCCCGCGGCAGCUCUUUCUCCAGGGCGUGGCCGCCGUCUUCAUGUUCGCCUUCGCUUCCCUCUACACGCAGAUCCCGGGCCUGUACGGCCCUGAGGGCAUCCUGCCUGCACGGAGGACGCUGCGGCCGCAGGGAAAGGGACGCUGGCCGCAGCUGUGGGAGACCCCAACGCUGCUGUGGGAGACGCCGCUACUGGGGUUGGACACAGCGCAGGGCCUGGAGCUGCUGAGCCUGCUGGGCACCCUGCUGGCCCUGGGAGCCCUGCUGCUGCACCAGCUGCGCCACUUCCUUGUCUACCUGCUGCUGUGGGCCGCCUACCUGUCUGCCUACCAGGUGGGCCAGGUGUUUCUUUAUUUCCAGUGGGAUUCCCUGCUGCUGGAGACUGGCUUCCUGGCCUUGUUGGUGGCCCCUCUGAGGCUGCCCCCGCGCCACAAGCACGCCCAGGGCAGGCUGGCAGGGGUCUUGCCCCACGAAGACCUCCCCUUCUGGCUCGUGCGCUGGCUGCUGUUUCGCCUCAUGUUUGCCUCGGGUGUGGUCAAGCUGACCAGCCGUUGCCCCGCGUGGUGGGGGCUCACCGCCCUCACCUACCACUUCGAGACUCAGUGCUUGCCCACGCCCGCCUCCUGGUUUGCCCACCAUCUGCCCGUCUGGCUGCACAAGCUCAGCGUGGUGGCCACCUUCCUCAUCGAGAUUGCAGUGCCCCCUCUGUUCUUCGCUCCUGUUCGCCGCCUGCGCUUGGCUGCCUUCUACUCCCAGGUCUUGUUGCAAGUCCUGAUUAUCAUCACUGGCAAUUAUAACUUCUUCAACCUGCUCACCCUGGUGCUCACCACUGCCCUCCUGGAUGACGCACACCUGGUUGGCAACAGCCGCCGCAAGAAGACGCCCUCCUCCUGGCCCAAGGCCCUGCUGGCCCUGCUGGCCCUGCUGCUGGAACUGGCCGUCUACGGGCUGCUGGCCUCUGGCGUGGUGUACUGCUUUGGCCUGGAAGUGGAUUGGGAACAGCACAGCGUUCACUCCAAAACCACCUUCACCUUCCACCAGUUCUCCCAGUGGCUGAAGAUGGUCACCCUCCCCACCAUGUGGCUGGGGGCGGCCUCCCUUGCCUGGGAACUGCUGACCGCCCUCUGGAGGUGGACCCAAGUGCGAGGGUGGCUGCAGAAGUUCUGUGCUGCAGUCCAGCUGUCCGUCUUUGGCACGGCCACGGUGGCUUUGUUCACCAUCAGCCUGGUGCCGUACUCCUACAUGGAGCCCUCGACCCAUGGGCGCCUCUGGACUGGGGCCCACCGCCUGUUUGGCACCGUGGAGCACCUGCAGCUGGCCCACUCCUACGGCCUCUUCCGCCGGAUGACUGGUCUGGGUGGACGGCCCGAGGUGGUGCUCGAGGGCAGCUAUGACGGGCACCACUGGACGGAAAUCGAGUUCAUGUACAAGCCCGGUAACGUGAGCCGGGCGCCCCCCAUCGUGGCGCCCCACCAGCCGCGCCUCGAUUGGCAGAUGUGGUUCGCGGCCCUGGGCCCGCACACGCACAGUCCCUGGUUCACAAGCCUGGUCCUCCGCCUGCUGCAGGGCAAAGAGCCUGUGAUCCGCCUCAUCCAGAACCACACGCCCAGGUACCCCUUCCACAAGCAGCCGCCCACUUACGUGCGGGCCCAGCGCUACAAGUACCGGUUCUCGAAGCCCGGGGAGCAGGGCCAGUGGUGGCGACGCCAGUGGGUGGAGGAAUUUUUCCCGUCCGUGUCCUUGGGGGACCCGACGCUGGACAUGCUGCUCGGGCAGUUUGGCCUUCAGGACAAGAGCCCGCCCCGGGCCCGCAGCUCCAGCAGCACCCUGGCUCAGGCGCUCCGCUGGAUGCGGAAACAGCUGUCUCCCCUGGAGGCCCCUGCCCUGCUCUGGGGGCUCCUCGGAACCGUGGUGGCCAUUAGGGUCAUGCAGGCCCUGCUGGGCCCCCAGUCCUCCCCUCGGGCCAAGGAGGAGAAGCACAGGCCAGCCCCCCCGGAGGACUCGGUGGCUGCCAGCAAACAAGCUUCCCCAGCCCCCGACGUAAGCAGCGGUUCCCAGACCCCUCGGCGGAAAAAGUAACCCCAUUCUGUCAGCCACACGUCCGGAGAGGGUCAGGGUCCCGGCCUGUCUCUGGCCUUCUGCAGCAGGACGUGGCCCAGCCACCGUGCCUUAGCCAGCUGCCACGCAGACGCAGGUUGGGGUGCUGCCCUUUUGCUUCGAGG